AUGACUACUGAUUCUGUUCCACGAAAGAAUAUUUCUCAAGCUAUCAAACUAGUGUUUCUUCGACGGAAAGCACAAGAGCGUAACGAGGCAGGCUCCUCUGAAGUACCGACGGGUGGUAAAUCGAAUAAUGCUUCCGCUACAUCGUCACCCGAAGAGGCACUUGAGAAUAGUGGAGAAAACUUCGAACUCACAAAUUUCGCAUCUUUAUCAGAAAUGGAAUCAGAAAUCUUUCUUGCACCUCCCGCCAAACAAUCGAAGAAGAUCUCCAUUCUUGUUGGUAUGUUUGUUGCUGUGGGUGGAUUUUUGUUUGGGUAUGAUACAGGAUUAAUAAAUAAUAUCAGCGAAAUGCCUUAUGUUAACCAAAAGUUUGCACCUAACAAGAAUCAUUUCACAACACCACAAAUCUCGAUAUUAGUGUCUUUUUUAUCCUUGGGGACGUUCAUUGGAGCCUUACUGGCACCUUUAAUCUCCGACUCUUAUGGUCGAAAGACUACAAUGAUCUUUAGUACGUUCGUGGUAUUUAUGAUAGGAAACUCUUUACAGGUGGCAGCUGGUUCUAUGACCAUACUUGUAGUUGGAAGAGUCCUCUCUGGUAUGAGUGUUGGACUAAUAUCGGCUGCGGUGCCAUUAUAUCAAAGUGAAGCUGCACAGAAAUCUGUUCGUGGUGCAAUUAUUUCCUGUUACCAGUGGGCCAUUACAUGGGGGCUACUUGUAGCAAGUGCAGUUUCCCAAGGAACAUAUAAAAGAAUGGAUGCAUCUAGUUACCAAAUACCGAUCGGAUUACAGUAUAUUUGGUCCUUUCUACUCGGUGUCGGCAUUCUUUUCCUCCCUGAAAGCCCAAGAUACUAUGUUUUCAAAGAUAGGCUAGACAAAGCGGCAAAAUCUUUAUCCUUUUUACGUGGCGUACCAGAGGAUGACUCCGGAUUACUUGAAGAGUUGGUUGAGAUCAAAGCAACAUAUGAUUACGAGAUGUCAUUCGGAAAAAUCUCUUACCUAGAUUGUUUCAGAUCAACGAGAUCAAGAACCAAACAGCGUCUACGAAUGUUGACCGGUAUCGCUCUUCAGGCUUUUCAGCAAGUGAGUGGUAUCAAUUUUAUCUUUUAUUAUGGCGUAGACUUUUUCAAUAAGAGUGGUGUCAGCGAAAGCUAUUUGGUUUCCUUCGUCACAUAUGCAGUAAAUGUUGCGUUUAACAUUCCGGGGUUAUUCUUGGUCGAAUAUAUCGGACGAAGAAAAUUGUUAUUGAUGGGUGGUAUUCUUAUGACUAUCUCCAAUUUCAUUAUUGCUAUAGUCGGAUUAGCGACUGACUCCAUGGUUGCGAACAAAGUGAUGAUUGCAUUCAUCUGUUUAUUCAUUGCAUCAUUUUCGGCCACCUGGGGUGGUGGUGUGUGGGUAAUUUCCGCUGAAUUAUAUCCAUUGGGUGUUCGCGCUAAAUGCACCGCCAUCUGUGCAGCAUCAAACUGGCUAAUAAAUUUCAUCUGUGCAUUAAUAACGCCUUACAUUAUGCACAUAGAUAGCAGUGUCAGACAAACGAGUAUCGGUACCAAAAUCUUCUUUGUUUGGGGGUCAUUGAACGCUGUUGGGGUUCUUGUUGUGUACUUCACCGUGUACGAAACGAAUGGAUUAUCAUUGGAAGAGAUCGAUGAGUUGUACAAGAAAUCUUCUUCUGGAAUAAACUCCAUAGAAUGGAACAAGAAGAUCAAAGCCUUUCCAGAUUUGUUUCAAAGGACAAGACCGAACAAUGAAGGUGACGGAGAAGCUGAUGAUAACAUACAUACAGAUGAAAAUUAUAACCAUACUAUUUCCAGCUAUAAUGGAACCCAAAACAAUGAAAAAUAUCCUAUUCAAGUACAGAUGCCACAAUUUGGUGUACGGAACAUCGAAUUUUUGAACACCACAGGCUCAUCUCCGCAAUCGGAUAUGACAGAACCCAACUUUGUCGACUUGGGUAAUGGUCUUGGUAUAACAACGUAUCAAAGAGGCCCACCAUCCGUCCUUACUGACUCGAGUGAAGAAGAGGAAGAGGGACAACAACAAGAGACAGAUGAGACUGAGGAAGGUAAAUCAUUCAAACACCAGUACACUGACGCUCGUAAUAAAAAUCGUGGCGAGCGCGGCAGUUUCAAUAGCAAUAGUUCAACCUCAGGCACUACUCGAUCUUCUUCCCACAAGGCCAGUGUUCAAAGGAUGGAAGAAAUUAAUCUGUACAUGGCCCAAUUAAUGCAUCGCGGAGGAACAGAAGAUCUUUCGCGUAACACUACCGAUAACACUCAUCAACCGAUAUCACAUGAUAUCAUGAGUCAAUGGAACUCCUCAUCCCAAAAUAAAGGACCUAGCACUCAAACCGAUAUUAAUAGUAACACUUAG